CAUUGCGCAGUGAGAAGCAGAGAGCAGCACAAACAGCCGUUUCUUCUGGAGCUGGGGCAGGCAGAGGAGACGGGCACAGACGCAGCUCUGCCUCAUGCUCCUUUGGGGAGGAGGUCUCCCUUAAACCGCAGGCCCUUCUCCCCCCCACCCCCAAGACGGGGCUCUUCGUAAAUGAAGCUUGAACUUAAAAUGCAGUCGAGCACAGAGGAGGAGAGCUGGCUGGAGGAUCAGUGGGAGAAAUGGCUCACCCAUGACAUCAGCCUUGAAGAGUUUGAGGAUGAAGAUCUCUCUGAAAUCACUGAUGAGUGUGGAAUCAGCCUGCACUGUAAGGACAGUUUGGCUUCACGGAGCCAUGUGAAUCUGCAGGCCAGUAGUGUUCUGGGAGUGGGCGGAGGGGAGGCGAGCCGGCUCCAGGCGGAGAUGCUUCAGCUAGACCUGAUUGAUGCAACUGGGGAGACCCCUGGCGAAGAAGGCACGGCGCCUGAGCUGAUUAAGAAGGAGCCCCCGCCAGUUACCAUGGAUACCUACAGACCCAAGCGGCCCACAACGCUCAAUCUCUUCCCACAGGUGCCUCGGACACAGGACACGCUGAAUAACAAUUCUCUGGGGAAAAAGCACAGUUGGCAGGAGCGAGUGUCCCGGUCGUCAUCCCCUCUGAAAACGGGUGAGCAGACCCCUCCCCAUGACCACGUUUGCCUGAGUGAUGAGGUCAAUCACCAAAACAGCACAACCUCCACCAAAGAUCGAGGCACGUCUACGGAGAGCCCGUGCCGGCGUACAGCGGCCACACAGGUUGCGACCGCCUGCGUUGCCUCCUCCCGGGCACUGGAGAAGCAGCAGGCUGCUAACCGUCCCCCACCCCAGAAUCCCACCAUUGUGGUCGUGACAAGGGGGCCAGAAGCUUACCGGGACCGCAUUCGCUACCAGACAGAUGUGAGGCUGGAGGCCACUGAGGAGAUUUACCUGACACCAGUCCAAAAGAAUUCUGACCCCCUGGAGUCUGAGAAGCCAUUUAUGUCACAGUCCAGUGACAACCGGAUGUCUAUCAGCUCUGACAUAGACACUUCCAGCUACCCACAACUGACAGGAAAACCCAACGCCUCCAUCAGUGAGGAGGAUGAGGUGCUGGACUACUUGUCCUCACCUGACAAAAUGAACGCACCCAGGACUGUAUAUGGCAGCAGCAAUGGUGGCUACCGGCCUUGCCACAGCCUCCAGAGGGCAUCGGUGAGCUCUGACACCAGCGCCCUCUCCUACGAUUCAGUCAAAUACACGCUUGUGGUAGAUGAGGAUGUGCAGCUGGAACUAGUUAGCCUGAAGCAGUGUUACUCAGGUUACAGCGACGAGAGUGAUUCGGCCACCGUCUACGACAACUGUGUCUCCUCACCCUAUGAAUCGGCCAUCGGGGAGGAAUAUGAGGAGGAUGCCUUGAAACGGGACUCUGUCUGUCUCUCUGAGGACUCCACACCUGAGGCAGACAUCCAUUUCUCCAAGAAGUUCCUCAACGUCUUCAUGAGUGGCCGGUCGCGCUCCUCCAGUGCUGAAUCCUUCGGGCUCUUCUCUUGUAUUAUCAAUGGGGAGGAGCAGGAGCAGACUCACCGAGCUGUCUUCAGGUUUGUGCCUCGUCAUGAAGAUGAACUAGAACUGGAGGUAGAUGACCCUCUGUUGGUGGAGGUUCAGGCAGAAGAUUAUUGGUAUGAGGCUUAUAAUAUGAGGACAGGCGAUCGGGGCAUCUUCCCUGCUUACUACGCUAUUGAGGUCACCAAGGAUCCUGAUCACAUGACAGAUUCAAGCAAGACCAGUGAUUGGGUGGAUCAGUUCCGGGUGAAGUUUCUUGGCUCAGUCCAGGUUCCAUAUCACAAAGGAAAUGAUGUGCUGUGUGCAGCUAUGCAGAAGAUUGCCACUACUCGGCGCCUCACCGUGCACUUUAACCCGCCCUCCAGCUGUGUCCUGGAGAUCAGCAUGAGAGGGGUCAAGAUUGCUGUGAAAAGUGAUGACUCCAAGGAUCCCAGCAAGGGGAAUAAAUGUAGCCACUUUUUCCAGUUGAAGAACAUUUCAUUUUGUGGAUAUCACCCAAAGAACAACAAGUAUUUUGGGUUCAUCACUAAGCACCCAGCUGACCACAGAUUUGCGUGCCACGUCUUUGUUUCGGAGGAAUCAACCAAGCCACUUGCAGAGUCUGUAGGGAGGGCCUUCCAUCAGUUCUACAAGGAAUGUGUGGAAUAUACGUGCCCCACAGAGGAUAUCUACCUAGAGUAGGGGAAUGCCCAGCUCCCCCUCCUCCUGUACAGACAAGGGCCAUCUCCCCCCCACCCCCCAUCGUGCAUGGACAAGCUGCUUCAAGACUGAAGGAGGAGUGGGCAGUGGAGGCAAUGGUUUCCCUCCGUGCACAGAGCCCCACCUCGUUCAGUG